CCCUCCAUUCGCCAGAGCCCGUUGGUCCCCGUGGCCCCAUUGCAGACCGUCACUUUGAACACCCGCCGUCAAAGCUGCUUGCUCCUUUUCUAAAUCUUGGCCUCUUCUUCUUCCUUCUCUCUCUUCAUCACCAAUUCCUCACAAACCACCGCCAAACACACACACACAUAUCACCCGCAUCACAAUGUCUGCUGCUCCCACAUACCCUCCUCUGGACGCCCGUCCUCUCAAGGACACCAUUUGCCUCUUCGAUGUCGACGAGACACUGACCCCCGCCCGCCGCCCUGCCUCCCCCGAGAUGCUUGCCCUUCUCAGCCAGCUCCGUCAAAAGUGCACAAUCGGUUUCGUCGGCGGCUCCAACCUCGUCAAGCAGGAGGAGCAGCUCGGCCAGCCCGCCGGCGUCCCCGUCACCACCCUCUUCGACUACUGCUUCUCCGAGAACGGCCUGACUGCCUUCAAGCUCGGCCAGGAGCUCCCCUCCAACAGCUUCAUCAAGUGGAUCGGCGAGGACAAGUGGAAGGAGUUUGCCAACUUCUGCCUGCACUACAUUGCCGAUCUCGACAUCCCCGUCAAGCGCGGUACCUUUAUCGAGUUCCGCAACGGCAUGGUCAACAUCAGCCCUGUCGGCCGUAACGCUAGCAACGAGGAGCGUCACGCCUUCGAGGCCUACGACAAGACCGCCAAGGUUCGCGAGACCUUUGUUUCUGUCCUGCGCGAGAAGUUUGGCCACCUUGGCUUGACCUUCUCUAUUGGCGGCCAGAUCUCCUUCGACGUCUUCCCUACCGGCUGGGACAAGACCUACUGCCUUCGCCACCUUGAGGAAGAUGCCAAGAACGGCGGCAUCGAGUACAAGAACAUCCACUUCUUCGGUGACAAGACCAACCCUGGCGGCAACGACUACGAAAUCUACACCGACUCCCGAACCAUUGGCCACGCUGUCGACGGCCCUGCUGAUACCAUGCGCAUCAUCAAGGAGCUCUUUGAGCUGUAAGCAAAAGCAUAUGCGAUACAUUUAUGAUGAAAGAAAAAGUUUCAACAUGUACAUUUGUUUUAAAUAAAAAAAACUAGAAAGGAAAAUAAAAUAAUCAUCUACCAAAUAUGCCCCCGCCGAAAACGAGAAAAUCAUAGCCAACCACUAUUCGCAGCAAUCAUGUAUCGACAUGUUGCUACAUAUUAACUAGUAUAUAAGAGAAAGAAAGCCAAAAUUCAAUGCAAACUCCUCAAAAAAGGGUAUCCAAAGAAAGAGCGGGGAGCAUUUAUCGUCCGUACUCGAGAUGAGGGAUAAUGACUGGGCCGUACUUAGUUGUCGUAGCAAAGGCACCGUCACCUUGGACUACAAAGUCAACGGCAAGGCUCAGCUUGGACAAGCCUUGCUGUUGUGAGCUGCUGAUGCUUGGGUUCGGGCUGAAUGGCGGCUGGUUCUGGUUGGCCAUGGCUUCUUGGUCGUAGGCAAUGAAUGCGGCAUAGUUGCGGCGGCCCAUGAGUUUCUUCAGCUCGCGGAUCGCACCGCUGGCAUCGGUGUGGAAAAUUUCCAUCAUAUCCUCCUUUGUGUCGGACACUUCGUGAUUAGACUUGUGUCCGUUUUGAGGGAGAUAGAGCGUCUUCUGGUUGUGAAGUAGCUUAAGAACAUAGCCACCUUGGGGAGCCGCGACGAUUGGCGAGGCAAUCAAUUG